AACACAUCUUGACCGAGUAUUUACGGCAAUAUGUGCCUUCAUUGGCUUCGUAUAGUGUCAUGUUCUCUGUAGUUUCGGGCGAAUUGUGUUCCAAUAUGUCAUAUUGUUCUUUAUUAUAUAAACAUAAGUGUUAUAUAGAGCUUUUGGCCGCAUGUGAAAAUAUCAGUUUUGCAAGUCAAUCAAAAUGCGCGCAGGAAAUAUGUUUGAUCAAUCAGAGAACUUGUUCGUUGUUGAUUUACUAGUUAUUAGAUUUAUAUCCGAUUUACUGUUGAUUUACAAGUGCUGAAGAGAAUAUUGCUCACUCGUUCUCUUCAACACGCGAAAUAAAUUCCAUAUUUCCGCGCAACCGUGUAAUAUGUAGAGAUACUGAAAAAUACACAGUGAGAUAUUUUCCAUAUCUUCACUAGUGAAAAUAUCGAUCACGUGACUUUUAGUAUUUAUAGAUUUUUUUGCUUGAGACUAUAUAAUACACAGAACAUUACACGGUGGCUUGAAGAUAUGACUUUUAUCUUCUCUUUACCAUUCGAAGAUAAAAGUCAUACAUUAAUCGCCCCGCCAUGUAAUAUCCUCUAUGUACAAAUACUUUCUUAUACGAGUUCGGAUCCUGCAUUGAUUAUAGCCUAAACAUGACCUUUAGUUUUUGAUAUUGUUCAUAUUUAAAGUCGAGUUUAAAUAGACCUAUAACAUUAUAGCAAAUCGGACCGCAAUGCAUGUUGGUAGUUGGAUAUUGUUCAUAUUUAAAAUCGAGUUUAAAUAGACCUUUAACAUUUUAGCAAAUCGGGCCGCAAUGCAUGAUGGUAGUUGGGUAUCUUCUUAAUUUUUGCCGAAAUGGCGGCCAUGAGGCGAUGAUAUCAUAUCGAUUCUACGGGAUGAUGAAAUUCACUAAUUUUACUUGUUUAUGUAUUGUAAAUCGCUGUUUAAACAGGAGUGUAACAGAGAAGUAUAAUAAAGUUUUAUGCCAACAUAAGUUAAUAUUUGGCAAAAAUAGAGUUGUUUUACAACAAUUUUUCUCGUCAGAAUUGACAAAAGAAAUAUUUACAAUUUCGUUCCAUUGCUCUCAUGCAUGCAUGUUUGACACGUUGCUUACAAUCACGUGAAUUGCAAGCAAACAAAUCAGAUAGGCAAAGAGUUUGGCAAAUACCGGGUCUCUUCGAAAACACUUAAAACUGAAUGAAGGAAUAGAUUAAUAAAAAUAAAUAAGGAAAGAAGGGGAAACAACUGCCAGUUUGUUGCCAUGUUACCAACGCUCCUAUUGAAAAGUUGUAACAUAGAAGCUUUGUGGGGAAGCUGCUGCAGGUUAAUUAUCUUGGCCCCAUUCAACUUUGCUGUAUUGCAGGUUUUUCCUGGCUUUCCUGACUACCCAGCUGUAAGCGAUGGUAUUUCUCAAACAUGCGCAAGCUUACUAUCAUCUGGCAAAAGCUGUCCUCUGUAUGAAUACAGCUAUUGUAGAAGUGGGAUUGUUUGUCUAUGGGAAAUACAAUCAAGUGUCAGAUACACGUUAUUGUAUUUGUGGGGUUGAGGUGGUUGGAAAAGGUCAUCUUAAUGCCCAUAGACUCAUUCAAAUAUAAUCAGUCGAGUUAUAGGAACUGUCCUAGGGACAGCUCUUUAUCUUCAAUAAUUUCACGACUAAUUUUUCGUUGUUCAACGACACGCAUCGAUGCAUAUGACUUCCUAAAAUCCUCAGUUCUGUAGAUAUCUCUAUAAAAUCACAAGGACAUUAUUGCGAAGUCUUUUGACUAGGUCACUGGCCUGAAAAAUAACUCUUUUAACGCAGUCAAGGUAUUUAAAACAAAAGUAACACGAAGCCAGCGUAACGGCAAAAAACCUUAAUUAAACUAUAAGAAUAAAUGUUUUUAUUAUAUGACAAGCAUUUGUUUUGAUGAAUCGCGCAAUUUGAUUGGCUGCUGACGAGGCAGGAUUUUCCCGUAUUGCCCGCGGGCAAUACGCAAUUUUUAUUGCCCUGCGACGAGAGCCGAGUUUCAAACUGCAAAAAGUGUCUAAAAGUCUUUCAAACUAUUCAAAACGAAGAAGAAUAAACCUAAAAUAAAGAAAAGGAGCAGCUGCUGUGGUUCAAGAACUUUCUCACUAUGUUUUUGUUAGCGAAAGUCGAAUUUACAGGGUAAAUUUUACAAUGUUUAUAACUAUAAUUAAAAGCAGUCAGGAAUUGUUGUGUUUUGACUAUGUGAAGAGCUGAAAAUGUUAUUUGCAGAUAGCCAGUAGGAAUUUGACACCAUCCUAAAUAAAAAAUAAAACUAAAGCAGCCACAGAUUUAUAAUUUUUCCCGGAAAAUUUAUUUUUUGUUAGAUAAAAAGAGACAUGAAUAUAUGAGAUGAAGUGAACUAAAAAUGUUCUUGUCGAUACUGUUUAUUAAUUUUAUUGUUUUCAUUUUGUUGUCUUUGAUUAAAUGACGAAAUACCUCGUAUUUUUCUUGAAAUACUAUCCAAACUGUGUUAGUAUUCUUUAUAAAAAGUGCUCUAGAAUAGUUUUACUAACCGAGAGAACGAUUUUACAAUUCUUUUUUUUUGCAAAUGUUUCGGACUUUGUACUUUGCCCUCGCGUGACCUUUUUCCACAUUUUUUUACAAACUUACAAUGCCAUAUAAAACUUACUGACCUCAACCGUACGGGCAGUACGGGAAAAUAUCCAACCUCGAUUGGAUAUUUUCCCGUACUGGCCUCACUCUCGGUCAGUAGGCUAAGUUAUUAACAUCAAAUACAAAGAUCAGUCCCAAAGUAUAAAAUAUGCUCUGUAAACUUACGACGAAGUGGAGAAAUUUCAACGUGAUUUCAACGCAUAUGGAGUGAUUUCAUCGUAUAAGGAAGCUCUCUUUCCAACAAUAUUCGCUUGUUGCACAGUCUAUAAUGUAAUAGUUUUAAAUGCAAUGAUAACUUAUCUCUUGAAUUGCAUCUCCGAAUUAGCCUACUGUGUUGGAAAUUUAAAUGCUGAUCCAUUACAUACAGCACUGCGUGAAAUGGGUCGUAUAAGGUCCCUUAUAUGAGUAUUAAGCUAUCCUUAAACCAAUGAUUUAAUGAUAGUUUAAUGUACUAUACUAAUUUAAGUCUUUAAAUGAGAUCAGACAUCACCCCCGAAUUUAUGCCCUCGUGAAAAAGGUUAAUUGAUAUGAAUCUAUUGUCCCUCGAGGAAGCUUUUUAAUGAUUAAUUUAUACCAACCAUGCACUGUUUUAAAUUCUUAAACUUGAACUGUUAAAAAUAUUUUUCCUAAGAUGUUGUACUACAUAAACGUAGUAGGCCUAUAUACCGUAUAGUAUACUUAUUAUUUACUGGACAUUUGCUCUGAUCACUUAAUCACCAUUCAAGAAUAUUUAUAUAAUCCGGUUUUGGGUUCAUUUGUUUAUCGUUUACGGUAUGUUCUUGUUAUUUGAAAAAAAACAUACUUCAAAAUCUUCUGGAAUGAGAUCAAUGGUGCGCGCAUAAGAUAAUCUGGAAUGAAGAUAAACUUUUUCAUACAGAAAUAUGACACAGUGGAAAUAUUGGAGGUUAUUUUUCACUCUGUAUAUAAUUUAGCCUGUAUGCAUGAUACAACGAAUAAGGCUUUCUUGUGAAUUGUAUAAGAAAACCUUAUACAUGGAAUUAGGAAGCCAUUUAUAUACGGGUCCUGAUAUAUUACCAGGAUACGCCCAAAUACUUAUACAACCUUAUAUCAUCAGUAAACGUUUCGUAUCAGGACUUCUGAUACAACCGUAUACGAAUUGUUUCAUGCAGUGUAGAUUACCGUUUUACUCAUCGUUGUAUACAAUAUUUUGAUCGCAUGUAAGCAAUUAUUUCUCAACCCAGAGACAUGGGCAAUAUUAACGUCCUUGAAUUAGUAAUUUUAUAGAGAUAGAUCCAGAACUAAGGCUAUUAGAACGAAUUAUCUGUACCUUCUCAAAGUUGUAGAGAAUAUAUGUUGUUUACGUACGUCCAACACGAAUAAGAUUGCAUUUAAUAAUAAUAAUAAUUUAAUAAUAAUUUUAUUUGAUUUACCACAAAAAAUUACAUAUACCAAAUAAUCAUACAUAUAUCAAAAAUAAUUGUGGUGAGAAAGCCCAAAUAGAAACCAUCAGGCUUGUAUACUUUGGGCUACCUCGUUGAUUUCAGCUAGAUUAAAUAAAACAUGUGAUACUAGGAAAAAGACAGAUAUUCGAAUAAAAAUUAAAUGAGCCAAAUUACUAAAUAUAUAUUGAAACUAUAUUUAACGAGAAAAAAGAAACGAUCUUAACUUAGAUUGAAAACUAAAAAUAGAUGAUGAAUUACGUAUAUCGGGAUUCAACGUAUUGAAAAAUUUUGGUCCUUGAUAAUUAACAGAAAAUAGGCGAGUAUUUGUCCUGAAAUAAGGGACGCUAAGUGUUCUGGAUUUACGGGUAUUAUAAUUGUGAAUAUGAUUUGCUGUUAAAAGUGGACAUUCAAAACAAUCCGGUAGCAAUUUAUGUUUGUUUGAUAAAUGAACUUCCCGCGGUUAAAUAAAUAGAUAGACCAAUUGCGAAACUUAGUGGCCGCGCCUUCAUACUGCACGAGAACGAGGCUUAUUAUGCAAAAACAAAACAAUUUCUAUACUUUUACAUAGCGAAAAGUGAAUUUUAGGGUUUUUAAAGUGUUUUUUCUUGAAUCUCUUUGAUCUUUUCUUAAUAUUUCGUGCUAGGUUAUAUAAAUAUUUGUUAAAUUUAUCUAGACAUCGAUUUCCCACUAUAUUUUUACCCGCUUUGGAGAGAUAUUUCGUUGUUGUUUUAGCAUGCGAUGGGACAAACAUAUGGAAAAGAUCAAUCUAGACUUCUGAUCUAAUCAAGAUGCAAAUAAAAUAGCCAGUAUAAAUUAACAAACUAAAAUAUAACUCUUUCUACCCAGAUUUUUUUAGACUUCGUGCGAGAAAAAACGAUUUUGUCAAAGGAUAAUAACAUAAAAUUUCUACAAAUUUUGCCCGACAUUUACUUUCAUAUUUUUAAAGUUAAAAUCGAAAACUUGCUAUUAUAUUACAACUGAAACAAAAUUAAUCAAUGUUACAACUUAUUCUUUGAAAAGUAUUAAUAAAACAGACGGAAAAUACCUGAUUCUUUCUCUGGUAUAAUCUGCUUCUUUUAUCGGACGGCGAAAAACAGCAAAACUUUGCCUCGCACGCCGCAAAAAAACAAUGAAAUUUGAAGUAAGACUAAAUCUAUGAACAAGUUUAAUAAAGAUUUACAUAGUCAAAACGAAAAUAUUGAAAAAAAAUGAAGAGAUUACCAUAAAAACGCGUCUCAAACACUGAAAUUCAUUUUUCGCCAUAUAAAAAUAUAGCAGAAUGAUUUGUUUUUGCAUAAUAAGCCUCGUUUUCGUGCAGUUGAAGGCGCGGUCACUAAGUUUCGCAAUUGGUCUAUAUCUUCAAAAUUCAAUAUUUUACGUUCACCAAAAAUAAGGGCGGCAUGCACACCGAAGUCCUGUUUAUCGAUGAUUCGUAACACACGUUUUUGUAGAACAACAAUGCGAUUAAAAUUAGUUGAAUACGUCGAACCCCAUACCGUAAUACAAUAUUGAAGAUAUGGAUAUACCAGAGCAAAGUAGAAUAUUCGAAAAGCUUAUUUGAAGAGAUAAACACUUGAUCUAUAUAUAAUUCCAAUAGAUUUAGAAAUUUUAUGAGCAACAUAAGAUAUAUGUGCUUUCCAUGAUAACUUCUCAUCUAACAUUACACCAAGAAAACAAACUUCUUUGACUUUAUUAAUUUCAUUACUGUUUAUUUCCAGUUUCGAGUCAAAUUUUUGCCUUGGCUUAAAUAUUAUAUAGUUGGACUUAAUGGUAUUAAUAGAAAGUUUGUUAGUCUGAAACCAUUCCGAAAUCUUACAUAAUUCAGAAUUUAUCAGACUCAUUAAAGAUGACAAGUUAUCAUGAGAAUAGAAUAAGUUAGUAUCGUCAGCAAAUAGAAUAAACUCUCCAAUGUCCGUAGCAUUAUAUAUAUCGUUUAUAUAUAUUAAGAACUGUAAUUGGCCGAGGAUUGACCCUAUUAUGUUGAACAGGGAACAAAUGCCAUUGUAUUGUACAUAUUGAUCCUGUUAAAUAAGUAAUUUUUUUAUCCAAUCAAGAGCCAAUCCUCGGAUACCAUAGUGUUCAAGUUGGGAAAUUAAAAUUUCAUGGUCAACAGUGUCAAAAGCUUUCGAUAAUUCAAGGAAAAUACCAGCUGUGUGCUCAUUGGCAUCAAAGCCUGUAGAGAUUUUGUCAUAAAGGUUUAUAAGUGCUAAUGAGCUUGAAUGAUUUUUAAUAAAGCCAUAUUGAUUUUUAAAUAAUAUCUGAUUAAUAUUUAUAUAGUUCAUUAAACGAUUGUGCACAAUUCUUUCCAGAAUUUUGUAAAAAAAAUGGUAAAACAGAUGUUGGUCUAUAGGCUAAUUAGAAAACUGACGAUUGUCACCUGAUUUAAAAAAUGGUAUUAUAUACGUGCAAUUUUCAUCUUAUCUGGAACAAUACCAGUUUCGAUAGACAAAUUUACGAGUUUGCAUAGAGGUUCAGAAAUAAGAUCAAUAGUAGAACACACUUUUUGCCUGCGCAGCGGAACACGAGUAUCAAACAUUUCAGAAAAUUCAUGUAGAAAUUUGCUGUAGGAAUUAAUUGGGUCAUUAAUUCAGUCUGCAUUGCAUAAUUCAAAAGGAUUAGAGCAAAACCGAUCUUUUGUCAAAAGGAAGAAUAGUUAAUAGAAAUUGUUAUCGAUCCGUGUCGUUGAACAAUGAAAAAAUUUGCUGCAAAAUUACCGAAAAAAAAGUAGCAGUUUGUGAGAAAACUGCCGGUCUACGGAGUGGGAACUUUUCGGAUAUGAACUCAGCGAGUUCGAAAGCGUUUUCUAGGCACUUUUCGAGGUCAGAACACACGGACUAUAUAGAGACUUAAAUUUUGUGGACACUCUUACGUCGGCGGCCAUCUUGGAUUUUCAUUUCGCAUAUUUAACUUUAUCGUUAAUUUAUUUACACCCAGAAAUUCUGGGUGAUGAGAUCAGCCAAUUCCAGGGCCUUUUCCCAUUUACAAAAAAGGCCUUGGCAACGAGAGUGCAUGAGAAAAUCAACGCUGGGUUGCAUGAGAAAUUCAGCGAGGUUGCAUGAGAAAAUUAACUUUAGCGGCAUAUUAAACUAAAUUCAAAACUUAAACUGAAAUGGGUUCAACUUGUUGGUAAAAUAUCAUGCCUUGCCAGAUUUCGAGACGUCGUCUGUCCACGUGCGAUUGCUAUGUCUUUACACUUUAAGAAAAAAUUUUAUGAAUGUAUAAUAAUCAUAUAAAUUAAAAAAAUUGUUGCUAUAUUUUUUGUUAUAUAGAUAUCGCUUUGAAGGAAGUUUUGUUUCCCAGGAUAUUUAAUAAACGAAUGAAGAAAUAAAUAAAUUCAUUUUACAAGAAUAUUACUGCAUAAUUUCUCUUGUGGGAUCGGGUAAACUGACCAAAUGGGAACAGAGGUACAAUUUUCGUCAACAUUGCUUUUGCAAAUGAAAUUACAGUACAGUACAGUACAGUACAGUACAGUACAGUACAGUACAGUACAGUACAGUACAGUACAAUACAGUACAGUACAGUACAGUACAGUACAGUACAGUACAGUACAGUACAGUACAGUACAGUACAGUACAGUACAGUACAGUACAGUACAGUACAGUACAGUACAGUACAGUACAGUACAGUACAGUACACGGUGGACAACACUAAGUUGUGUUUUUUUCUCUAUAGCUCCCUGGAAAUUCCCAUACUUUUACAAUUGAAGAACUUCUGAAAAUUAAAAUCUUAAAAAUUAAUGUUCCGCAUUGCACCAAUUAGUGCGCUUUGAUAGGUGACUAUAUAUAUGUACCUUUUUAAGAGACUUCAGAUAAUUUUUCAAAUUUCCGCCGGGCGCGUAUUCCAGGAUUAAACAUAUUGGACGACACCUUAUGCAACAACCAAACAUCUGAAUGACAUUUUCAUGUCUUCCAAGGUCCUUCAUCAACUCAAUUUCACGUAAGAUAUCACUAACUUCUUCUUCAUUGGCAGUUUCUAUAGAAGAUUUGUUGAAUUUAUCGAGUUAGCUGAUUCCUCAAAAGCCGAUACCUGAAUGACAACUUAUUUUAUUGCAGGCAUUGCAAGUGCAUUUGUAAGUAUUUUCAGAAAGAUCUCUAGUCAUAUAUUGAUGAAUAUUGACGAAAUAUUGCAGAUUAGUGUUUUUGCACAAGUGAAUAUAACAAAUCCUACAAGUUCAUUGGUCAAUUUGACGUAUUAUAAAGCUGUUAUACAGUAUUCACUCACAGGUGAAUAUAACAAAACAUAAAUUUGCAAAAUGGCGGCCAGCCGUUUUAUGGAAGUUAAUGAUAAAGAAAUUAUGAUAAAUUCAGUCCCAAAAAACACAAAAGACUUGUGAAAAAUACUGAAACAAUUAUUCGCCUCAGUCUUUGUGAUUAUCGGGGCCCGAAUACUCACCUCGACUUCGUCUCGGUUAAUAUUCCCCGAUAAUCACCUCGCCUUCGGCGAAUAAUUGUUAAAUGUUUAGAAUUACUUUCAUAAUUUGAUUCAUUUUAUUCAUGCGAAAACGAUAUCAUAAUUGUUUUUCUGAUAAUAUUUCUCAAUGCAGUCACUUAUAUAAUUAUAUAGUAGGUAUAUAUAAUUAUAUAGUAUAGGUAUAUGAAUAAUUUUUUUUUCUGUGUUGGUAGUAUAGGUGAAUAUGAUGUUUGUGAUGUUACUCUGAGUGUAUAUGCACACCGGGCGAGCUUGAAAAAUAUGCCCGACCACGGUGAGAAUCGAACCUACGACCUUUGGAAUACUAGCCCAAUGCUCUGCCAAAUGAGCUACGCGGUCAGGUCGGUUCGACUAACUGACAUUUCGGCACAUCAACGCUUGGAAAAAAUAUAAUCAUAGGUGUCACACUUCCGGUUAUAUUAACUUCCUGUACGUAAUACUAGAUCCAGUCUCCUACUGUAAUAUAAACACGCGUACUCACCAUAGCCGCCAUAUUGUAACAUAUUUUCAAUAAAGCUAGUUUCAAAUAAAACGUGCAAGUUUACAUGGUGUCAGGUACGGGAUUGAUGACUAGAAGGUCUAGAAACCCAACACAAUAAGUACUUGGUUACUUGUUAACAAAAUGAGUGAUCUAGCUGGCUUUGAACCGCCAAGAAUCGAUUGGACACCCGGACCAGAUCUGCCACAACGGCUCAAGCGAUUUCGGCAGAAGUGUGAAUUACUGUUUGAUGGCCCUUUGAAAGAUCGAACUGUUACGCAGAAAUGUCGAUAUGUUCUCCUAUGGGUAGGAGAUUAUGGUCUUGACCUCUACAAUACAUGGAAUUUGAGUGAAGCCGAUCAAGACAAAUUAGACGAGUAUUGGACAAGAUUUGAACAGCACGUAAAACCUCAGUCCAACCAUCUUCUCAACCGUUUCUAUCUCAGAAACUUGAAGCAGAACAACCGACCGCUCGACGAGUUUUUAACCGAAGCAAACCUCCUUAUUCAGAACAGUGGUUAUCCGGAUGAAAUACAUGACGAAUUGAUCCGAGAUGCUUUGGUAUUUGGAGUUGAUUCAGAUACAGUCCGUAAGAAAUGUAUUGCUGAAGGGAAUAAAAUAACUCUUAUAAAAGCAAGAGAAAUCGCCCGCACCGAGGAGGCUACCAGACAACAGCUAAAGGUGAUGACCAGAGAUGUUUCAAACCCUACACAGGUAGACUCAUUGCAGAAAAACAAGAGAGGAAACAUGAAUCGAGGUAAGACCAAACCAUUGUAUGAUAGGCAAAAGGGGCAAAAGGGAUAUAGAAUGAAAUGGGAUAAGCCAGUAUGCACUAGGUGUGGGAAUACAGUACACGAUAAAGAUCAGAAAUGUCCUGCUAAUAAGGCACAAUAUUUUGGAUGCAAGAAAACUGGUCAUUACCAAAAUAUGUGUUUCAAGGCAAUCAAAACGAACUGUAACUCACUUGAGCGUGAUGAUAGCAAUUCAAAUGAACCAGAUAUUGAUGAAAAAAUAUUUCUUGGUACUUUACUGGCAGAACAGUGUCCGAACAUUGGUGCUAACCCAAACCAAAUUAAUAGCCUUAGUACAGAGCAGAGAAUAAAAGUACUGAUUGAAACCCAUCUGACUGCAGAGCCUUACCACAAGUAUACCACCCCAGUAGUAUGUAAAAUUGACAUUGGUGCAGAACUGAAUGUUGUAUCUAAACAUGACUAUGAAACAAUUGUUCCCAAUCCCAAACGAAGGCGGCUUGACAAUAGUAUUUAAUGUUACGGAUGUCGAAGGACCUGCCAUACUAGGUUGUCAAACAUCGCGUGACCUGGGAUUGGUGCAGUUUCCUUGUAAAAUAAUGCAUGUGCACGCGAGCACACCAACUCUAUUGAAUUCAUAAAAUGUUGUUAAGAGGGCUACGCCUCUUACUAAAGAGACCUCUGUUGAAAGAGUACCCGGAUAGAUUUGAGGGACUAGGUACAUUCAAGGAUAUGAAGCCUUACCAUAUCACCUUGCAGAACCAGUUAUCCACCCACCGCAACAAGUUCCAGUGCACCUUAGGGACCACUUAAAGCAGGAAAUUGACAAUAUCUUAAAACUUGGUGUUAUAACACCAGUUGAGAAACCGACAGGUUGGGUUAAUAGUGUUGUGCUGAGCGAGACAACCAACAGCAAAGGAGAGAUAGUAAAGGUAAGACUUUGCCUGGAUCCCCGUGACUUGAAUAAGUGGGUAUCGCACGAGGACAAUUGAUGAGGUGGUCACUGAGCUAAAAGAUGCUACAUUCUUCACUGUGGUAGAUGCAAGGAAGGGGUACUGGCACGUACAUCUGGAUACAGAAAGCUCGUACCUCACAACCUUCGGCACUCCUUUUGGCCGUUAUCGUUUCAACCGAUUACCCUUUGGUCUUGUUGUUUCUCAAGAUAUAUUCCAGAAGCAGCUGGACACAGCAUUUGAAGGCCUCGAUGGCAUCACUGUUAUAGCAGACGACACGUUUGUAUAUGGAUCUUCAGAGGAAGAGCACGACGCAAACCUACUCAAGCUUAUGGAAAGAGCACAAGUAAAGGGUGUGGUGUUUAAUAGGGAGAAGUUGCAGUUCAAGUGUAAGGAAGUGAGUUUCUUUGGACACUUUUGGACACCACAAGGUAUGAAGCCUGAUGAUAAGAAAGUAUCAUCAAUCCUUGGUAUGAAGCCGCCGGAAGCUGCAAAAAGUCUACAGAGCUUUCUUGGUUUAGUAAGCUAUCGAACAAGGUACUCCGGACGUCUGGCUACCCUAUCAUCUCCACUUCGCGAUCUAACCAAGAAAGAUGUUGCGUAUUGUUUGGGGCCAGAGCAUACCCGCGCAUUUGAUGAAGUGAAGAAGGAAGUAUCCUCGCUGGGCGAUUACCCUUAUAUUUCGACCCUGAUGCAGAAACAACCAUUCAAACUGACGCAUCUCUCAAAGGCUUACGCGCAGUGCUUCUACAAGGAGGUCAACUCGUGUGUUAUGCGUCGAAGGCUCUCACAGAAGCUGAGCAAAGGUACAGUAACAUUGAGCGUGAAGCACUUGUCGUUGUUUGGGGGCUCGAACGAUUUCAUUACUUUGUGUAUGGAAAGAAGUGUACUGUGCACACCGACCACAAGCCCUUGGAAACAAUCUUUAGGAAGAAAUUGAGUAGCUUCCCAUCCAGACUACAACGAUUCGUUUUAAGAGCACUCAAGUAUGACGUAACCGUGACGUAUGUGAAAGGUGAACAAGUACCUAUCGCUGAUGCCCUGUCCAGAGUAUCAUCACAAGCUGUACCACUCAAAGGUCAACUUCCACAACUAGAUAUCCACCAGAUUACUAACACCCUUCCAGCUUCUCCUAUAAAGCUGCAGCAAAUUCGAAAUGAGAUUGCAGAUGAUCCAGGUUUGAAUAAACUACGCGAGGUAGUUUACCAAGGAUGGCCAGCCACGAGAGAACAGUGCCCUCAAUUGCUCCACGAUUAUUGGAAUUUUAGAGAAGAACUUACAAUUGAGGAUUGCCUCGUCCUAAAGCAAGAACGCAUAGUUAUGCCGCCAAAUCUUAGAGAAGAAGUCCUUACAACGAUACAUGAAGGGCAUCUAGAACAAGAGAAAUGUCUGCUCCGAGCAAGAUCUGCGGUGUUUUGGCCUGGAAUUACGAAGGACAUAAUCAAAGUUGUUGAAAGUUGUGAUGCAUGUCAGAAGCAUCAACGUAAGCAGCAAAAAGAGGAUCUACUUCAACCUGAACCACCUUGUUACCCUUGGCAGAUACUCAACUCCGAUCUGUUUGAGGAUAAGGGUAAUUCAUAUCUGUUGUUAUCAGAUGAGUAUAGCAAAUUUCCCAUCGUCCGAAAGCUCACUAGCACUACAUCCCAUGCGAUCAUUAAUCACCUCAAGAGCAUCUUCGCAGAAUAUGGCAUUCCAGACAAGCUCGUGACUGACAAUGGACCGCAAUAUGUAUCCCGCGAAUUUCGACAAUUUGCUGGUGUUUAUGGAUUUGAGCAUACCACAAGUUCACCUAUGUACCCACAAUCCAAUGGUUCCUCAGAACGUAUGGUUCAAACCGUGAAAGGUAUCCUACAAAAAUGUGAUGAGGAUGGAACCGAUCCUUACUUAGGACUACUUUCCUAUCGUAGUUCGCCAGUCAGUCACCGUUUGAAAUCUCCAUCAGAAUUGCUGAACAGCCGCACGUUAAGGACAACGUUACCGAUGGCAAAGCGGGCUCGUGUGAAUAAUGACACCAGCAUCACCAAGAAUGAGUUGCACAGGCGACAGGGGCAACAAGCAUCAUACUAUAACCGCACAGCUGGACCAAUCCUAAAGCCAUUCAACGAAGGUGAACCCAUUAACAUCUACGACCACCAUAGUAAGAGCUGGGAGCCCGGAACAAUCAUCAAACCCGCCAAAGAACCUAGAUCUUACAUCGUCAAGAACAACAGAACAGAAUCCAUCUACCGCCGCACUAGAACGCAGUUAAGACCGAACAGUAUUCAGAAACAACAGGCGAAGCCACAGUCUAUGCAAUUUUUAAGACCAGUCGCACCUUUUCGGCCGAGCUGUAACCGGAAGCAAGAAACCGAACCACCCAUGAUAGUAUCUCGAGAAAUAAGUGCAUCACCUGAAGAUAAGUUAUGUAGGUUGCAGCCAUACUGUGUAACUAGGUCAGGACGUAUCUCUAAACAACCAGAAAGACUGAACAUUUCGUAGGUGCAGAUCUAUCAGCAGGGACUGAACAUUAAAUUUAUUUUUUUGUAGCUAAGCAUUUUUCUUGUAGUUUAUUGACAAUAUAUACAUUACGUUAUUUUCUGCAAGUAGACAUUAUUCCGAGACAUUAUUCCUAUUAUUUAAAGUAAUUUUUAAUUAGAAAAUAACUUAAAAAAAAACGAAAGAAAGGGGGAUGUCACACUUCCGGUUAUAUUAAAUUCCUGUACGUAGUACUAGAUCCAGUCUCCUGCUGCUAUAUAAAUACGCGUACUCACCAUAGCCGCCAUAUUGUAACAUAUUUUCAAUAAAGCUAGUUUCAAAUAAAACGUGCAAGUUUACAAUAGGAACUAUUUAUAGACCUCCAAAUGGAAACUUUGAAAUUUUUGAAACCAAACCUAAUGAUGUUUUAUAUUCAAUCAACAAAACUAGUAAAAUGCUUAUCUCAUGGGUGAUUUCAAUAUAGAUCUUUUAAAAUCUGAUCAAAGUGACUACUCAAACAGAUUUAGUGAACAACGUUUCACUUCAACGUUUUUCCCUCUUAUUGCAAAACCAACGAGAAUUACACCAGACACUGCAAUUUUAAUAGAUUACAUCUUUACCAAUGACUAUGAACAAAUUGAAACCAGCAAAAAUGGAAUAAUUUUCACAGAUAUUUCUGAUCAUUUUCCUAUUUUUCAUUUUGCAAAUACAUGUAUCCAUCAUCAAUUGCAAUCUGACAACAAUUAUCAUAGGUAAAUAGAUAUAAAAAUCUUUCAUCAUUUUCAAACGCUAUUCAAAACACGAUAUUUUUCAAAGCAUUGAUGCUACUGAAUCUUAUGAAACUUUUUUUUAAAAAAUAAAAACUACAUUCAACAAAAACUUUCCACUACAAAAGAAAAAGUUAAAAAAGAUUGAUUACUUUAAAAGUCCUUGGAUGACUCACGGUAUUUCAAAGUCCGUAACUGAAAAAAACAACUUUAUAGAACAUAUUUGAAAACUGCAGAAACAUACAAAAAAGUAUAAGAACAAACUAGCUAAUUCACCUAGUCAAACUUGCCACAAAAUAUUAUUAUGAAAAACAAUUUGUAAAUUAUAAAAACAAUAGUAGAAUGACAUGGAAAACGAUUAACGAAAUUUUAAAUUGAAGCAACGAAAAAUCCACACUACCGGAUAAAUUUAUAGAAAAGUUUCCAACAAGCCUUGACAAAUCCAACUGCAAUCGCAAACAACUUUAAUAAAUAUUUUAUUAAUGCUGGACCAAUUAGCUAGACAAAUUCGCAUUGAAAAUAAUGAAAAAUCAUUUGACAGGUAUCUUUCCGGAAGUUAUGUGAAAAGUAUGUUUGUUGUGCCGGUUACUGAGAUUGAAGUAAAAAUUGAAAUAGACAAAUUAAAUCAAAAUAAAAGUGCUGGUUAUGAUGAGCUAAGUGCCAAUUAAAGUAAUAAAGUUCAUUGGAAAUGAAAUCUGUAGACCAUUAGCUCAUAUAUUCAAUUUGACAUUUAACACUGGAAUUAUUCCAGACUCUUUAAAAAUAGCAUUAGCUAGUAACUCCUGUAUACAAGGAAUAUGAAGACUUUAGAUUUCAAAACUACAGACCUAUUUCGGUCUUAUCAUGUUUUUCAAAAUUAUUGGAAAAAGUAAUGUAUCAAAGAUUGAUAACAUUUAUUGACGCAAAUUUGAACACUAUAAAGUUGACCUAUUAUGCUUUAAUUUAUCCAUACCUUACAUAUGGUAAUUUAGCUUGGGGUAAUAUAUACCCUUCGAAAAUUGAAAAGCAAUUCAAAACAAGAUUAUUCGAUUAAUGAAAUUUAAAUCAUGCACAUAACAUACAAAACCGCUAUUUAAUGAUUUUGAAAAUAUUAAAUAUUUUCAAAAUUAACGAUUACCUUACCAGCUUAUUUAUGUACCGUUGCAACUGUACUAAUGAUUUACCCGACAUUUUAAAUGGAUACUUCAUAAAAAAAUUCAAACAUUCAUGACCAUUGCACACGAAAUUAAAAAAAAAUUGCAUAAAAGUUUAUACAAGAACAAACUAUAGAAAACAAUCUGUUGUUAGUAAAGGUAUUGACAUUUGGAAUAAUUUAAGUACUGAGUUAAAAAAAUUGGAUCAUAUAUGGUUUUCAAAUAAAAUGUGAAAACAUACUUUAUAUCGCACCAAUCAGCUAGUUAAUCAUCCUAUUUUAAUGUAUAAAGUUUAAAAAAUCUGAAAAAUCUUCUAAAUAGACUAACUUUCCUUUAAACACUCUCACAAUUGUAUAUAUUUUCGUUAUUAUAUUAUAUUCUAUUUUUAUAACAUCAUGAAAUUAUACUAAGUAAAAAAAGUUUUGUUAUAACGAGGGGUCUUAAAAUCAAAGCCCAAAAGGGUUUCUAAAAGAUUUCUAGCCCUACGUAUAGAUUAUAAAAAUGUAAAUAGUUAAAUUUUAUUGUACUUUGGAACAUUGGGCGAAAUAAAUAAAUAAUAAUAAUAAAUAACAGAAUCUAGUUCCUUCGAAACCAAUGUAAUCUAGUAAUAUGAUUUAUUUCUGUAUUGGUGUUGGUGUUGGUGUUGUUGUUAAAUCAUAUUACUAUAUUACAUUGGUAUCGAAGGAACUAGAUUCUGUUCAGAAAUACACUUACUCGAACCGACCUGACCGCGUAGCUCAGUUGGCAGAGCAUUGGGCUAGUAUUCCAAGGGUCGUAGGUUCAAUUCCCACCGUGGCUGGGCAUAUUUUUCAAGCUUGCCCGGUGUGGAUAUACACUCAGAGUAACAUCACAAACAUUAUAUGAUUAAUGUUUUCAGGUUGAUAAAUUCAUAGCAACCAUGCAAGUAUAUAUAGGAGGAGAACAUUUUUGCUCUCUUGCAUUAUUCACUCGAGAGUUAACGCCAUCUGCCAAGUGUCAACAAUCCAAAGUAUAAAAUUACUCGUGCGCAUGUGCGAUACUAGUAUCAAGAAAGAAUGCUAAUGCGCGUGUAUACGCCACGGUUCUGAGCAAUAUAACAAUUGCUGGUAUAUUUGAGAAUGAUCCAUGCGAUUUAACACAUGAACAUGUGUAUGCCAAAAAAACAUUUUAGGAGCAGUAAAAUAAUUGAUCGGUUGUCUUAACCUGUGUGGGUUUUGAUUGCAACGGUUGUCCAUUCUGGAUUUCUGUUGACUCCUUGAGCUGUACCAAAAUAUACCUUACCAAAUGCUCCUCUACCGAUGAUACCACCAAAUCGUAUUGAACUAGCAGGCAUCUCAAGUGAACACAUCUUGUCCGCUAUAUAUCUGGGUAUCUCAUAAACUUUAUCGUGCGAAACAUAUAUUACAUUCUUUACUCUUUCACUGUUGUCAUCUUUCGGCGUAUUCUGGUCAAUACUAACACAAAAAUUAAAUACAGAAAUUGAACUUAUUGUUAUCGAUGCAACUUAUUUGACCUUGUGGGAAUAAAAUUCGCAAUGCUUAUAACCGCUCAGUUCAUAUGGCAGUGGACUCAUUCGAAUUCGUACUCAAAUAUAUUGGCACUGAGAUUUCAGAGGCCCUCUCUGUAGGAGUCCCACAAUUAGAGAUAUAUAAUACGCACUCCAGAACAUUUUCAUCUUAACAUAUUACAGAGUGUACAAGUACACAACUAACAUAUAUAUAUAUAUAUAUAUAUAUAUAUAUAUAUAUAUAUAUAUAUAUAUAUAUAUAUAUAUAUAUAUAUAUAUAUAUAUAUAUAUAUAUAUAUGUUUGUGUUGGGUUAUAAAAACCAAUGAUAGAAUGCUCAAUAGAUAACCAGAGCAUAAUAGAAAGACACAAAAACUUAGCAAGCUUUAUUUGGCAUAUUUAUUACUAUACAGUUUCGUACCACGUAAAAUAACGUGGCACUCUUCAUAUAAACUGAAUAGCCUAUGUUUGACCUAUAGCUUCUAACGAACUUGUAAAAUCAAUUUACAAAUCCAUUAACACCUUAUGUAGUGCCACGAAAUAUUAGUAUCAAGUUAUAAAGUUUUUAGGUAGAUAUUUAUUAGCCUGUUUACACGUGGAGACAAGUUUGUUGCGACGAUUAAGUGUUGCGAUGUCCGGUUUACAAAUAAUAAAAUACUUCUCCCAGAUACACAAGUUACAUCUCUGGGAUGCAUUACUGUAAGAUUUAGCACGUUUUAAAAUUUUCCAUCUAAUAGAGUAACUAAUGUUGUUGUUCUUAAGAUUCCAGAUGUAUUUACUUAAUUCAGCUGAGGUGCGCUUAUCCCCGAACCAACGGCGCGGAGCGCCGUUUCUGGCGCAAGCCCGGGGCGGGAGUACUAUAAUUCCGCCCGGCUAUUUACACACGGGGAAACGAAAGCAUUAGCGAAGUCUAAAGUUCAUCAAUGAUCGCGGUCGUGGGUGACAAACGGUGGGUGAUCAUCCUCACUGAUCUCAAAAUAUGUGGCGGACUGUCAUGAAUAGCGAACACUGAUUAGUCAAAUUUAAAAUUUGUUGUUGUAUGACAAAUGACGACAGCGAAAUAACAAACAUAUCUUACAACUAUAUUGUAUUUUUGCAAGAUUGUGCAAAUUUCAAAACCUUUUCGAAAGCCGAAAACAGGCUAAAAACGUCUAAAAGAAUGGAGGUAAAGUCGGCCGACGUUAAUGAAGGUAAAUUUGUUUUAAUUUAGUAUUGCCGUAUUGUUUGCUUUAUAACUGCUUUGAAAACUGAUACGAUCCGUUGCGUAUAGUAAAGUGAAAAUAAUUUCACAUUAUUUAAGUGUAUUUUAGUUAAUAUCAUACCUCAAAUUGCACCACGCUCUGAAACAAUAUGGCGUUCGCGAGCUAGUGUUGUUUGUAUUAAUUUCAUGCAGAAGAUUUGAUUUAACCAAAGAUUUUUAAGACGUAUGUUAUCUUCAACGAUCCAAAGGAUACAUGCUCAAAUAUUUUAAAGAGGAAACGUCAAAUUAAAACUCAGGUAUACAUAAGAAAUUAAAAAUUGUAGGCCUAUUCGCGUAGUCAAUAAUUCAGCAAGUUUUAAAGUGUAUUCUGAACUUAGUGAGUUCUUUAACAUUCGGUAUAUUAUAUCAUUUAUAGAUCCUCCGCUCGGAGAUUCGGCGAUAUUUCCCUCAGUGAAGACAUUUUCCUCGGGGCAAAGCCCCUCGGAAAAUAUCAUCACUUCGGGAAAUAUUACGCCGAAUCCCCCUCGCUCCUGGUCUAUAAAUGAUAAAUAUUACCCUAUUAAAAUAUUUAAAUAAAGAGGAAAGCAAAGUUAUUUUCAAGCGAGAAUUUGAAAUCAGUUGAUUUCAAUUUUCAAACUCAAUGUUUAUCGAUAAAAGGAAAUUCAGUUUUAAGAACAUUUUAAAACGUUUUGCGAAGCGUUUGUGGUUGAAUGUUACAUUAAAUUGAAACUUAUAUUACGUAUAAUAAAAUACCUAGCAUAUAUAUGUUUGGGGAAUUGAUCAUUUUGUAAUUAAAAGUGAUAUUUUGGGGGUAUUUUUCAAUUUUAAAACUAUUCUUAAAAUUUUCGUGACGUGACGUGACCUAUAUAUUAUACGGUCACGUACGAAAAUAUUCUGCGAUUUUUCGCAUUUUUUCACUAACUAAAUCAAGAUAUAUUUCAGAAAAUUCCAUCUACAUUGCUUAAUAAGUCAAUCGUCCGUUGCAUUUUAAAGUUUGUAUAAAGUAUUUCUUCAUCGCUCAUUUCGUGUUUUUGUUGUUCGUUUUGUCGAUUUUGGGUCAACGAUUAAAUAUAAUUUGGUCGGUUGAUCGAUACGCGAGCAAUACGUCAUUACUAGGGAGCUUUAGAUUUGACUACGAGUACGAGUACGAGAUUUGAUAGCGUGCAAGGAAAUUACCGCAGUCGUUUUCGUUUCCAUUCAAAUGUUGCUUUUAUAGCAGUAAUCCAAGAACGAGAGAAAAAGUUUCAUAAACUAAAUCUCCUGCAGACUAAAAUCCCCUACAAAACGUGUAAAUAAGUCAUAACAUUAAAAACAGGCCAGAUAUUUAGUACUAUAAUGUAUUAUUUGCGCCGGAUAAAGCUAUUUGGCCUAAAUGCUACAAAUUAUUUUUGGAAAACAAGAAAAAGCCAACUUUCUAUGUUUUUUUUGAAAAGUCGUUGGGAGGACUACGAGAUUUCUCCACAAUUUCGUCCUCAGAUGGGCGACAGCUACGACUUUUUUGCGUCAGUACGGGAUUUCGUAAGCAUACAGCAUGCAUUUCGCUAGACGAAUCUCGUACUCGUAGUCGUACUCGUAGCCAAAUCUAAAGCUCCCUAGUAUGCUGACGACGGCGCGAAAGUUUGAACGAUGGAGUGGUGCGCGUGCAUCUGCGCUAAUUAAUGGAAAGAAUUACAUACCUGGAAAGUACGAUGCGACAAUAUUUUCAACAGGAUAAAGGACGGAGUUAAGUGUUUUAUAACAAUAUUAACAAUUCUCUGGUUGUGUUAAAAAUUGAAACCUGAUUUUAUUCUAAUCAAUACUACCUUAAACGGCGUUAUUGUUAAUCCAGAGCUUGCAAUUUUACUACAAAAGUUGUGUUAUAUUUGGAUCGCUACCCGUUACUUUAAACAGAGAAAAUUUAACUACUCGCUGAAUUAUCGCUAUGGAUUAAACCUACAAUACGACCAAAAACGGUCUCACGUUUUCCAUCUUAACUUGCUUGCCGGCGAUGAGGCUACAAAUUCUAGUCCAGUCUCGAUCAAGCCAUGCGGAACCAACAAAGGCUUAAAGGUACCAUAUCUAUAAAUGCGCGUAGUCUAAAAGCAUUUGUGACACUUGAUGAAAGGAAAACCAAUGUUUGUAAGAUCACAUUAUUUCAACAACUGGUACAAUCUAGUAUAUAUGAUGUGGUUUGUGUGUGUGUGUGAAACUUGGCUAAAUAAUACCGUAUUGGACAGUGAACUUUUACAGGACUACUGCAUCUUUCGAAAAGACAGAGUUGGACGAGUCGAAGGUGGUAUUCUCGUUAUUAUUGGUAUUAAUCUUGUUAUCGUUGGUAUUCUCUUUAUUGAACAUAAGAGCAACUCGCCGCUUAGAUCUCCAGAAGCAGGAUGCUGAAUUUGUGGUGAUAGAAUUGGUUAAACCCUACAAAAAGUAACUCUUACUCUAUACCUUCUAUCGUCCUCCUGACUCAACAACGGAACCCCUUCAACAUCUUAACACGUCCCUCCAAAACUCUCUCCUCCGCAGAGCCUCCUUAAGUAUUUACAAAUAACUUACAUGAAGUUUCCUGAAUAAAAGUGAGCGUGCGCGGUGUGAUGGGAAGAUUGAAAUGAAGUUGGGGAGGCUCUGCCAGAUAAUGCGACGAAGUAUGGUUUUUGAACCAAACUAGUUGUUUGACCUUUUUUUAAACUUGAAAUCGAAGGAAAUGUGAAAGAAAUUGAAAUGAAUCUUCAUAAUCUGAGUAUCGAAGUUCAAUAGAGUCAUUUUUAUAAAGAAAUGUUGCAAUUAAGAGGACAUUUAUAAUUAGAUAGCUCGUAUCCAUUGAUAUUCGUUUGCAAUUUCUCAAUAUUUUUCGAUGCAAAUGAACAGAAGAAGAUAUUGAUAUUGAAUUCACCCCAGGAUACUCAAGUACGCCUGAAAAUGAAAGUCGAAAACAUGUUUUAACACCCCCAAUGGUUGAUCGAACUUCGCUACAAACGAUUAUAUACGACGCCAUAUUGAUUGCAUUAACUCGCAGAGGCUUCCUUUAUUUAGCUGUUCCCAUCACGCCUUGCGCGCUCACUUUUCCUUCACUAGAAACUUCAUGUAAGCCUCUGCGGAGGAGAGAGCCUCCAAAACACCAGUGAGUCCAGUUGUUGUGCUGUAGUUGGUGAUUUUAAUCUCCCAGCGAUAGAUUGGGCUAUUGACAGCACAGCUCCAAUUAACAAAGGAGAACGAGCGAUUGGUGAUGUCUUUUGCGACCUUGUUGGGGGCUUCCUAACCCAAUUCAUAGGAAGCCCUACACAUAAAGCUCGGAACACACUUGAUCUACUUUUAUGUAAUGAGGUCAAAAUCAGAAAUCCUGAGGAAUGUUAUUUCCCAAUAGAUCACGAAAUUAUUGACUUCAGUAUCAGAAUGAACUUUCAACGAACCAAGUCGGCAGGGCGUCAGAUUUACAACUUCAAGGAAGCUGAUUUUGAAGGUCCCAAUAAUACGCUCAGUCAGAUGAAAUUUGAUGUUAACAGUACCAACGAUAUCGAUAAACUUUGGUCUUGCUGGAAAAAGUCGUUCCUUGAUGCAAUAAAUAACCGCAUUCCAAUUAAAACAAUAAAGGAUACCAACUCUCUUCCUUGGGUAGAUCAAGAAGUUCGUCAUCUUAUUCGAAAGAAAUACUCAGGAUUAAAAAGAUACCGCCAAAACAAGUGGGAAACGAGAAAACAAAAGCUAUGAGGCUUAAGUGACGCCGUCAAGUCGCUAAUUAAAGGCAUAGGGAAUAUCUAAAGAAAAUCGAAACAUCAUUUGCAACAAAUCCAAACCUUUCUGGACUUACCACAAAGCAAUUUUGCACAGCAGAUAAAAACAGACUUCUGACAUCGUCUUCAUCGGUAUUACAGCAAAGUCCUCUGCAGAAAAAGCCGAGCUUCUAAAUUCUUACUUCUCAGUAUUUACAAUAUCCAGUACUGACAUCGGGGACUGUGAUAGUGAGGCGUCUGAAACUGUGUCGGGACUGGGUGAACUAACAGUUGAUGUGGCUGAAGUGGAAAAUUACCUCAGAAAUUUGGACAUCGCCAACGCGAGUGGCCCUGACAAGAUACCAGCACGUCCACUAAAAUAAUGUGGUCGUAUUGCGCCUAGUCUCUGUGAAUUAUUUAAGGUAUCCCUGCGUGUCGGACGACUUCCUGUAGAGUGGAAAUCAGCGAACGUGACACCAGUUCACAAGAGACACCAGUUCAUCUGAAAGAACCAGCGGAGAACUACCGACCGAAAUCCCUUUUGCCCAUCAUUACAAAACUAUUCGAACGUUGCGUAUGUAGGCGACUAUACGAACACGUAAUCAGCGCUAUCUCCCUAGGACAACACGAUUUCUUACGAAUCGAUCAUGCACUACACAACUGCUGCACGUUUUACAUAAGAUUGGAGAAAACCUUGACAGCAAUAUUCAAUUAACAGACAUUGUCUACUUGGAUUUUGCCUUGGAUUUCGAUCACGAUUUAAUCUUGGCAAAACUCAGGCAAUUCGGUGUACAUUCAAACAUGCUAAAUUGGUUCACUAACUACUUAAUUGGUCGGACCCAAAGAGUUGUCGUUGAUGGUGUUGUUUCAGAUUGGUCCUCAGUAGCAUCCCUUUUUUGACUGACGUCAGCGUUUGUCGUACUUUGUACCUUUCCUUGGUGAAAUCUAAUCUAUGUUAUGCCUGUGAAGUUUGGUCCCCAUACAUUUGCUCACAUGCGCAGAAGACAAAAAUAGAGCGAGUGCAGAGGCGAGCUACUAGAUAGAUAUUGAAGGCUAGGAAGGGUUACUCCAGCUACAAUGAGCGUCUCGUUGAUCUGAACUUAUUACCUUUGUGUUACGAUAGAGAGAUAAAUAAUGGUAAUUGAACUGAGUGGAGUGGAAUUUGGCCUGAAAUCAAACGCGUGAUUACAAAAUCGCACGACCGCGAAGCAGGAGUGCGAUUUGUAAUCACAAGAUAGUUUGAUUUCAGUCCAAAAUUGCUCGACACGAAGUUCAAUUUCCACUUUAUUAUAUUCAUUUUGAAAUCUUAAAUAUUUUUGUAAACCGGAAAUGUUUUUGUUUGCAAAAGACACACCUCCGGUACCUCCUGACUGCUGUAAGUGUAGCAUAGUAACAAUAAGCGAACAAGAUGAACAAUAGUUAUUAUAGUUUUGCUGCAAAAAUGGUAAAAAUGUUAAAGAAAUGAAUACAUUUAUAAAGAAUAAGAGGCAACACAAGUAAGUUCAAAAAUAUUGUAGGUUUUACGAGUGAUCUGAAAGAGUUUUGGUCCAGUUUUGUGCGUUUAAAAUUGGAAACACAAUAGGCGAAUUUACCUUUGUAAUUUCGAGCUUUGUUUUCCCUGACGCUUUAUAAAAUUUGCUUUUGUUGGCGUUUUUGCCUGUUUGCUAUCAAUUUUGCGAAAUUUCAAAAAUUUUUAAAUUCUUUGCAAUUCUUUGAUAGUUUACUGUAGCUAUCCAUAUUUUUUUUGUUUUUAUGUGCCAAAAAUUACUAAGGCACUCAAGGGUAAUCAUGACAUGUAAAUAUUUUGUUUUUGCUUACUUGCCAAAUCACAUUUUUUCUUAAAAUUGAUUGGCUGCUCGAAUCCUAUGAUUAAAUAUGAUUGUCUGGUUGAACUCAGCACUCAAAUGUGAUUGGUUGAAAGAAGGUGAGAUUUCAGCACAAAUCGCACUGCUAGGAGUGCGAUCCGUGCUGAAAUCGCACUCCUGUGGACCAAUGAGAUUGCAGGAAACACCAUUGAUUUCAAAAUGAAUAUAAUAAAGGAUCUAAUGCUCUUCUAUACAAGGCUCUUUAUGGUAUUUCUGAUCUCAAUGAUCAUGACUAUGUCUCGUUUGUAAUCCAUGGCCACUCCCGUCUAUGUCGUAAUCCCAAAACAAAUCUGUUGCUCAAGACUCCAUUGUGUAAAGCCACAACAUAUCAGAACUCGUAUUUCAACCGGAUCGUGAAAUUAUGGAACAGUGUUUGUAAAGUAGCUCCACCAAAUACAUUCUCUAGUGUCAAAACAUUUAAACACUAUCUCCUUAAUCAUUAUUCUAUGUUAGUAUCGACCGUAUUCGAUGUAAACUUGUUACGUACUUAGUCUAUGUCACGUGCCUGUCCUUGUCAUAGGCGUUAAUUGUCUCGCUGUAUAAACUUGUUAUUAUAGUAUUUACCUAUUAAACUAUGCUUGUGAUACACUCAGAGUAACAUCACAAGCAUCUUAUUCACUUGAGUACAUUACACCAACAUUGCAAAUAUCGUAUUAAACUAUAUUUACAUGUAUUCUGUUGGAAAGGUGCCUUGCAUGGAUAGCGCAAAUUAUCUACGUUCCGUUCGCACCUCUUCCAUUUGAGUAAUAUUUGUUCUGUGCAUGCAUAGUAUUAGUGCGUCUUUUGUAAAUAAUUAUUAUAUUUACCAAAUAAAGUAUUUAAACCAUGACAAUACUUCCUAUUUGGAAAACAUAAUGGUUUUGUCAGCAAGGCAAGGGUUUCUGCAUGCAUGCAUGUAUUUUAUAGUCAUAGUUAUUAAAUGAAGCUUUGUGAUUGGUGUAUCGGGUUUUGAAUUCAUUCUCUGUUAGUCCAACAUACAGUAUGUUUGAGUGGGCCGCUUGUCAGAUGUUUUUACUGUGGCUUGGUAGAUAACAAAAUUUGCUAGACAAUUUUUUGACAUAGGGCAUUCACUUGGUUUUUGGCAAUUGCACUUUUUUUCGUCUCGUCUUUAGCUCGGUGGGAUAGCUUGGAUUUGUUAUGUCCAUCGAUGUUUUGUUUAAAGUUGCUCAUGCAGCUAGCUGUAGCUAAUCUUCACGGUAGUUCUAUUAAAUAUCUUGUGUAAGGCAUGGCCGGCGGGAAGUUUCUCGUCUAAAAUCUUUAAAAAGGUCUGACCAAUAUUAGUAGGGACAUUUUGUUGAACGGUGUGUUGUACCAGGUUAUGUUUCGUUUCCGACUCCUUGAGUUGCGCAUGCAUGACGGUAUUUUGAGAUGUCGGAGGUUGUUGGUAUUUCGAUUUAUGUUGAUAACCGCUCUUUGUUAGGGCUUCUUG